UAAAUAUUAUAAAAAGCACUACAGAAAUAAAAUUGAAAUGAACAAGAAAAGAAAGAGAAAAUGAAAGUAAUAAGAACCCUUUCAUAAUGUUGUACAACUGAUGGUUUUCAAAGAUCCUGUCAUUCGGCUUAAAGGAAGUAUAUAGAGUUCUGUUCAAAAACUAAAUCUAGCAAAACGUCAAGGUCCAAACACUGUUGUUACCUAGAUGCUCAACGGGUGUUUUUAUGUUUUGUGAAAGAUGUUCAUGAAUCUCUUGUUUGUCUUGAGCCAUGACACUGCCCACUGUUCUUCUAAAAGAAAAACUCCAGGUCCAGACAUACAGUAUUUGACCCCUUUCCAACAGUACUGUAAGAUCCAUCUCUUCACAAGGACUACAACAGAGGUCAAUUACAAAAGGUACGAUCACUGAUGCUUACUUUAAGAUCUCAUUUAAAGAUUUCAUUAAGUAAUACCUUUCAGAAGCCACAUAAAAUAUUUACAAUAUUUUCCCCAGAAGACAAAAUAAUGUCAAUUUUCACCAAUUACCGGACUAAACAAAAUAAAAGUUAACGGUGAACCAGCAUAUCAUCAAUAUUUAAUUUGGCCUGUUAAGUGCUUCAUGCCUGUAAACGUGUUUGAAAAACUAUUGAAAGUAACAAAUCGACCACAUGUUGCACAUACAGUAUAUCCGAAGGCAGCUGACAAGCUUGCAUGAUUCAGUGUAUUUCUUAGAAAUGUGUUUCACAAAUGGAAAUUUACUGUAUGAACCGUAGAUCACUUGACAUUGGUAGCAGCAUCCAUUGGUGCAAUUCUGUAUUAGCUAAUAAACAGUCACUAUAAAAGAGUUCAUUAGAGAAGUAGUACACAUUACUGAAACUGUAGAGCGUGAACUACACUCAAAAGAUCCAGAAACCAUGAAGACCACGACAUUUCUGUGUCUGUGUUUCGUAUGCUUCAGUUACAGUUUGGCGAUCAGCUCUGUGGAAGAUGUGUAUGAAUAUCUGUGGAAGAAGAAUACAGACAUCGCCAAUAAAACACUCGGAGUGGACUUCCUGAGACAAAUGGAGAACGGCAGCCUGCAGGCUGAGCGAUACGUCAACUUCACCAUACAGGACAUCAACUAUCUACUCAAAGUGACCAAGAUGUUGAAGAAAAUGAGUGCAAAAGUGUCUCAACCUUCAGACCUCAAAGACUUCAUGAACGGCAGAUACUCAAGUUAUAAACGUUUUGCAGACUUCAUGCUUAAUCAGUACUUUUAUAAGGGUGAGCCUUCCAUCCAGCAAACUCCAGCUAUGGGGAAGUAUCUGUCAUUCUACAGGAAGCUGAUGGAAGGGGAAUCGGUGUAUUUUGCCGUGGGUCUUCUGCCCUGUUCUAGACUCUGGGUGUGGCUGGCCAAUAAUCUAAACAUACCUCCAACCAAUGCCUACUACACCUGGAGAAUGGAGAACGUGAACGGCAACCCUGAGAAGCACUACAAAGCUCUGCUGAACAAGUAUCUCGACACACCUCAGAAAGUGGCGAAGGCGAAUACCGUGUUCCGUACUCAGAUGCAGAAUGAGCAUGAUUUCUUUUUCACUUCUUGA